ACUUGUGUCGGGUCAAUUCCUGCGUUACUGUAGUGAGGGGCCCGCAAGGAGGCGGUGGGCAGGGCUUCCUAGGAGCAGCUGUAAUGUCUCUCUGCCAAGCCGCUUGACAGUUUGGUUUCCCUUCCAGAUUUUGCGGGGAGUGUUUGCAGCCAUGUCUCCAAGUGCCGUCUCCUCUGUGCCCGCUCUGCCGCAUGCCCUUUGACCCCAAAAAGGUGGAGAAGGCUUCCAACGUGGAAAAGCAGUUGUCCUCCUACAAGGCUCCGUGCAGAGGGUGCAGUAAGAAGGUGACCCUAGCGAAGAUGAGAUCCCAUGUUUCCUCCUGCGCGAAGGUUCAAGAACAGAUGGCCAACUGCCCAAAGUUUGUUCCGGUGGUCCCAACUUCGCAGCCGAUUCCCAGCAAUAUUCCAAACCGUUCCACUUUUGUCUGCCCGUAUUGUGGAGCCCGGAACCUGGACCAGCAGGAGCUGGUGAAGCACUGCAUGGAAAACCACCGUAACGACCCCAACAAAGUGGUGUGCCCAGUCUGCUCGGCGAUGCCCUGGGGGGACCCCAGCUACAAGAGCGCCAACUUCCUGCAGCAUCUUCUACACCGGCACAAGUUCUCCUACGACACCUUUGUGGACUAUAAUAUCGACGAAGAAGCAGCCUUGCAGGCUGCAUUGGCCCUCUCCCUCUCGGAGAACUGAAGGCGACUGCUGAGCAGCGGUGUGGAUCCUUUGCACAGGUCGCCUUUCCGCUGGGCGAGGUGCCGCACUAGCUAGCCCCUCUGCAUUCCCUAGCGAUUAGGCAGCUCAUCUCUUUCAGCCGCACCUGGCUCAAUGAGGCGGCUCUUUUGUUGCACAGCGGAACGGUGAGCGAGCGUGGUCUGGUGAGGGUGACCCCUGCUGGAGGGGAAGAGGCAAAGGUGGCCUUACCAGACGGCUGGUUGUUUUCCAGUUGGGCAUUUCAUAUCCAUAUGCGGAGUAUAUAUCAAUCUCUAUUUAUUAGUAGAUGCUCCUUGGCACCGUUGAGCCUCCUAUUGUUGCAGUUCAUGAGUACGACAAACAAUGAUGCAUUUUCUGUAAAAUACCUGAGUUUUCAAUUCUUCGCAUCAUACUUUUUUUUUUUAAAGUGUUGAGCGUUUUUUAACCUGGUCAGAGUAUUUAUUGAGACGCUGGCCCUCCGCCCUCCCGAGGACACGAGCGGUCUGCUACUCAGCUCUAUUGCCGCUGCUCAGGGAAAGCCAGAGGCCACAAAGCACACGGGGCAAAAUCUAGGAGCCAAACUGCUGCGUUGGGCUACUGGGAUGACAGGCCUAAGUAAAAAGAGCCCGGUAGAAACCAGAAGGAAUCCCGAACGGCCCUGGCAUUCUUUCACCUUGCUCAUUUUCUACUGGCUUUUGUGAUACUAGAGUUCUUGCGUUUUUUCUACAUUAAUCGGUGUGAGACCUUUUCACGUUUUAUAGAGCAAAAACAAAGCAGUUACUCUUCAUAUUGCAAUAUUUGUGUUUGACUAGGAACAAUAGUAUUUUUAUGGAACCUUAUUAAGAAAAAAAAGUAUAUUUUUUAAACACAUGCUGUGUAGUCAAGGGUGGGGGUGGGCGGGGACAACUGCUGGGACCUGGAAGGGGGGGAUGCUCUUUUCCAUUAGCACCUGAGCAACAGAAGGAUUGCAAAGGUUUAUAUUUAUUUUUUGUUGAACUUUUUUUGAGUUGUUUAUUUUCCUCCCCCCUCAAUAAAAAAGAUGCUGAUGUGUAGCCAUGCGGGACCGACAGGUGACCCUGGCAUGGCAGUGCGGUACUUGUAGUUACUCGCCAGGAGUAACGGGAAUGUGGGUCAAUGAAUCAAGUCUGCUUCUGAAAGCAAAUAAAAACUGUGACCAAGCUACAAGCUGUGUGUGUGUGUCCCAGAUGCAACCCCUGCCAGUUUUCCGCGGGGGGAGGGGUGUCCUGUUGGGGUAACGCCCCAUUGGCAUUAUCAGGGAGCGAGCCAGGUAGCAUCUCGACUUGGCGCGGUGGGUUCGUUCCUCUCGGCAGUGCGGUUAGCGUUGGGAGGCGGCUGAUCUGGCCCUGGCAUGGCAGAGCUCAGCUCGGUGGCGGUUAAAAGUGCAGGCAGUACGGUUGCCUCCCGCUAGUGGUGCUAAAUGUGGGUCUCAUAAAGCCUUUGAUUACUCUGAGUUCUAAUGGGUGUGACUAUGGGGCCUGCAGUGUGCCCAGGGCUGUGGUCUGUAAGCUGUAGGUAGGGACUGGCUUACAAUUGCGUAAGGAGCGUCUCUUCCUAGCAUGGAGUUGGCUGUCUUGUUAUAACAAGCAGAACCCUCCAGGGGGUGCGACAGUUACACGCUGGCGAGGGGAAGCCGGCAGAGUGUCUAUCGCAAGUGCUGCAUUUUGUCCUUACGCUUGCGAUGCCGGCGGGAAGCCAUACGCUGCUUACGGUAAAUGUCUCUGGAAUGCGUGUCGUCACGCAAGAAACACUCGUGUGUUGUCCUAGGAGUCGUCUUGUUUGCCAGAGGUUUGGUUGCACUUGAGGCAGCAGGGACUAGUGGUUAGAGCGGGGAACUGCAAGCCAAGACUCUGCUCACUAGCUGAGGGACCUGGGGUAAGUCGCUUCAGCGUGCUGCCUCAGUUUCCCGCCCUGAGCAGUACCUGCCUUAGGAAUUAUUUGGGGGAGGGAGGGAGUGCUCACCUCUGUAAAGUGUUACGGGAUCCUCGUAUGAAAGGGGCCAUAGAAAUGGGAAAUGUCACCUUCCGAACUCAGCCAAGUGUCAGGAAGCACCGUUCCUGUGUCGGCUGUAUAAUUGUCAUAGGCCGUCGGGUGGUGUUUGUAAAUCAUUCCCUCUGCUCAAAACAACGGUUCAUUUCUACACGACUCACCUGGAGCGGUGCCGUCUCCGAACGCGGGCCACUCUGUUGCCGAUAUGCAAUACACUCUCUGUUUUCAGUGCCAAUACGCAGGCAGGUCAGUGCAUAUGGCUCUCCUGCAUGCAGUCAGCCUGCAAUCGAAGAGGGGCUGAUCAUAUGGGAUGCCCCAUCUCCAUGGAGGACUUCGGGUUUAUGCGGCCCCUUUCCUAUUGCAGGUGCCCUAGAGGUCUUCCCACACGCAGCAGGUGCAGCAGCUGGUCUGCCCUCAGCAGCUGCCCAGCUAUCGAGGGAGAGCACUGGCCGGGGGCGGGAGUUGUGCAGAGCGCUUGAAAGCAGAUGGGCAGCAGCCGUCGGGUCUGAGCAGAAGGGCCCUUGAUGAAGGUCUCGGCCAAAGGCCGCGCACGGGGCACAUCAAAUCAUUGUGCGGCAUUGGGCUGAAAUAGCAGCUGCCGCGGGGCAGGUUCCGGGGUAGCUGGCUGAGCUCCCUGUGCCAGCACGGCGGGUCUCGGCUAGGACUCGGGGCCUGGCUCCGUCCCAGUCUGGGACCGUCGUAGCCUUUCAACACCGAUCUGCCCCUUGUCUCCGGGGUGUGAACGUCUUCGCGGCUCGCCCAGGAGCCAGGCCGGGAAGGGAGCAGGUUAGCCAUUUGCAGCCACAUGGAGACCUGAGAGGUGGCUGCUUUUUCUAGGCCAGAAGCCAUCCCUCCCCAGGAUUGCUUCUGGUCUGCCUGGGGCCUGAGAGAUCUUUUAACAGUCCCUCUGACUUCGGCUGGGUCUUGGGCACUCUUGAAAGAGUUUGCUCUACAUUCCUAGUUUGAAGAGUGCAAAUUCUGGGCUUAGGUGCUGGUAAUAUACAGGGUCUUUCCUGCCUCGGCCAAAACAGUAACACAAUAUUGCAAAACAAGCUUGCUCCCCAGAGCGGCUAGCCGCCCCCACGCCGAGAAAGCUGCAGUCGUCCGUACAACACGUGAGCAAAGGGCGAACGCUUAGCAGAGACAGGGCUGCCCCAAGCCGUUUCCUGAGUCCUAACCCCUUGAAUUGGGAGUUAGCCUGGGAAACGUGAACAAAACCAGUGAGCCGAGGCGCCUCUGCCUAGCUGGUCCAUGCCCCUUUCCCUUGGAUUCCCUGUUUAGGCCAGUCCCAUAUCCAGAUCCCCGCCCCUGGCCUGUACUGUUGGGUGCGCAAGUCGGUGUCACUUAGCUGCUGCUAACGGGGAGUUUGCUCGCAAGGAGGCUCGCAAUUGCUGCUGGCGACUCCUUUCUCUUGCUGAAAUAAUGGAUGGCACCUUGAUUUGUGUGGGCAGUGGGCCUGGGCAGGGUGCGACCAGUGCUAGAGAGGCAGCCUGGCCCUGUGGCUAGACUUACAGGGCCUGAGUUCAAUCCCUGGCUAUGCCCCAGCCAUCUUGUGAGAUCUUCAACAAGCCACUGCUCCAUGCCCCAGUUUCCCCAGCUCUCCAGCAACGGCAAGGAUACCUGCUUUGGUAGAGCACGCUGAGAUCUGUGGGUGAAUGCCCCCAGUGUAUGUGACAAGCGACUAUUUACUGUGCUCCCUUUGCAUCCGUUCUCCGUCCCUGAAACGAAAGGGGCUUGCACUGAGCAUACCUUGCAGAUCGCAGGCCGCCUUCCCCUUGAACGCUUGCUGCUGCUCCAGGUGUGGAUCCGUCUGGCCCCCGGUUCCGGGGCGGAUAGGCAGCGGGUGGGUCCCCCCGUGUUGUGUGUCGUUUGGCGUGGGUGACAGUCGUGCUGUUCGAUGUGGUGUUGUGACUCUUUUGCAUACGAAUUGAACUUUUCACGAGACCUCCUGUUUUUUGGAAGAAAAUCAAUGAUGUAUUUGUAGCAAACCAUUUUUUCUCAAUAAAUGCCGUUUCAUC